UGGGUCUGAAUUGGGGGAUCCAGAUUCAUUUACCCUAACUAUAAAACCCCAUCGAUACUCUCAUGAUCGAUCAUCACCAGAUCUUCUUCACCUCACCCACUUUUCUCGAGUUUUCCGAACAUCAAUUACUCUCAAUUCAAUUCAGGGUUUCUUGGAAAAUGGCUGAACAAAUCAAGCAGCAACCAGCUUUCGUUAAGAUCAGCGAACUUCGUCCUGGUGCUUUUGGUCUUAACUUAACUGUAAAAGUGGUUAGUUCAAAGGCAAUAAUGACACGCGGUCGCAAUGGGACUCAAGGUCGUAACAUGCGUCUUGCUGAAUGUUUGGUUGGUGAUGAAACUGGAAUUGUUGUCUUUACUGCUAGAAACGACCAAGUGGACGCCAUGAAGGAGGGCAGCACUGUCAUUUUGAGAAAUGCAAAAAUCGACAUGUACAAAGGGUCCAUGAGACUUGCAGUGGACAAAUGGGGGCGUGUUGAAGUAACUGAAGCAGCUGCGUUUUCUGUUAAGGAAGACAACAAUCUGUCACUUAUCGAGUUUGAACUUAUCACAGUUGAAGAGUGAGAUUUUACCCUUUUGCCCUUGCCCUUGACUCCUAAACAUCUGUGCUUGUGUAUUAAAGGGCAGUUUAUUUACAGCUUACUGUAAGUUUUCUUACCCUUUAAUGACUAAUUAGCGGCUGUUUUGGUUAUCAUGAGAUGAGAAAUAGUCUGUGAGAAUAGUAAAACUGUAAAAGUACUCGCUUAUCUAAGUUUUAAAGUUUCCUGUUUAUGUAUUACAUUUUGUUUUGAAUGAUCUUUUUUUUCUUUGCA